AUGGUUUCCAAGACUUUCAUCAUCGCGGCUAUGAUUGCCUACGUCCAGGCCCGUUUCGGUCAGGAGCAAGUCCCCAUCGACGCUAUCAGUCAAGUUCAGGGUGGUGAUGGUGGUGCCGCUGCUACCAUUGCUGGUGCGGCCAUCUCUGACCUUCUCGGUGGAGCAAACUCUUGCGAUAAGCUCGUCCGUGCUGAUCAGAUCUUCACCGAACUCGGUGGCGGUGCUGAUGCCCUUGCUGCUGCCAUUGGCAUGGUGACUGCGGAGAAGAACACCAACCCCUUCGCUGGCGGCAACGCACAGAACGUCUGUGGCGAUGCUUCGCUUCCGGCUACUGCUGAGCUUCGUGGUAUCACUCCUCUCAUCGACCCUGAUGUCGAUGUCAACGGUGAUGCUGCUGCCCUUAGCGCUAGCAGUGCUGCGUCUCCUCUUGCUGCUGAUGGUCUGAGCGUCUUUGAUCUCAUGGACCAGGCUGGUCUUGGUGACCUUGUUGUUAGCCAGGCUUCGGCUGGUGGUGCUGGUGCUGCCGCUGGUGGUGCUGCCGCCGGCGGUGCUGCUCAGGGUGGCAACCAGGCUGCUGCUGGUAACGGCAAUGCCAACGCUGGUAACAACGCCAAUGCUGGUAACAACGCCAAUGCUGGUAACAACGCCAAUGCUGGUAACAACGCCAAUGCUGGUAACAACGCCAAUGCUGGUAACGAUGCCGCUGCUGGUAACGGAGCUGCCAACGCUGGCAACGCUACUGCUGAUGCUGGUGCCGAUGCCGCUGCUGGUAACGGCAACGCGAACAACCAGGACAACAACGCCAAUGCCGGUAACAACAACGAUGCUGCGGCUGGUAACAACAACGCUGGCAAUGCCAACAACAACCAGAACCAGAACAACAAUGCCAACGCUGGCAACGACAACGCAGCUGACAACGCUGGCAAUGCCAACAACAACGCUGGAAACAACGCCAACAACCAGCAAGAUGCCGCCGCCGGUAACGACAACGCCAAUGCCGGCAACCAGAACAACAACAACAACGCCAACGCCGGUAACAACGCAAACAACCAGCAAGACGCCGCCGCCGGAAACAACAACGCCGGAGCCGAUGCUGGUGCCGACGCCGGAGCGGACGCAGGCAACGCAGCAGCAGGCGGUGCCGGCGGCGCUGAAGACUUCGGUCUCUGCACCCCCACCAUCACCUUCCAAGGCGGCGAGAACGGGCGCCCCGCUGACGAAUUCACCUUCCAAAUCGCGGACCCCCUUGCGCGCGGCGGCCAAGGCGAAGCCCUCAACCCGGACAUCAUCACCAACGCGCUCUGCAACCAGCUGACCAACGUGUGCGAAGCCAACGACGCUGCUGUGGCUACUUGCGAGAGCGCGGCUGCGGCUGUUCAGGGCGGAGACAGGAACAAGGCGCUUGCCGAUCAGUUCAACAGCCUUGUUGGAUUCGCUGGUGCGGUUACCAACCCGGAUGGUGGUGCGGAGGAUGUUGGUGCUGCGGCGAAGGCGAGGAGCAUGCGCCGUGGUCUUAGGUUGUAG